ACAAUGAGGAACAGCCGCUCUGGUGGAGGUGGUGUAGGAGUGGGGGGGGUGAGGUGGGGGGGGGGUCCACAUGCCUAAAAACAGUAUUGUUGCAGAGUCUGUUUGGAGCCGCUUGCCUGCUGCUGCCUCCCUGUCGUACAGUGGAACCCUCAGCUUGACCCUCCCCCUAAAAAACCCAUCAUUUAACUUGUGCCUUUAUGAACAAAAUCUUCUUAUUGACUUUGUUUUUAUUCAUCAUUAAAAACCCACGCAUUAUUUCAAACCACAGUCUUUAAAAACAAUCCGGUCUGGAUGUAUGUGGCGCUGAACACAUUUAAAUGGUAGAAAAUAAUCCUGCAUUCAUAUUUAAAUGUCUAUUUAUUUAAGUAUUAUUUUAGUGUUGUAUUUGUAGAUUUAUCCCAGAACAUGACACCCCCCACCUCCUGCCCCACUUUGUUCGCGCAGCUUUGGGUAACAGCGUCUGUGCGUAAAAGUCUGGAGAGGCUUUUGCGCCUGAGGGAUCCGUGGCGUUGAGACUGAAUAAAAUCAUCAACUGUUGAUCUGAAUUUUAUAUUGGCCAAUAUUUCUUUCAAACAAUCGCCUGUAGAGGCAUCCCAUCCUCUCCCCUCCCCUCUGUCUCUCCCUCUCCCCCUCCCGUUUACCCUCGCCCCCAAACUCCUCUCUCCUCUCCGUCUUCACUCCUCGGUCUCUUUGGCGGCGCAUCGAUUUUUCUCCACUCGUCUCCCUUUCUUUUUUCGAAAUUCCUAUUCUUAUUCAGAGCAGGAAGUUCAUUAACGGGUUUUAAUGUCACGUCGGGACAGAAGCUUAACAAAAUGGAGCUAUCAAACAAACUCCGUUGGGACCAGUUCCUGAUUUUGGCAGCGGCACUCAUGUCACCUGCCCUACCGGUGCUGUGUAAUGACAUUCUCAGCCUGAAGGUGGCAGGAGAUCCAGUGCUAACCCCUAACUCUGUGUGCCUAAAGCUGGCCGGCCUCACCAAGCGUCAGAUGCGGAUGUGUGUCCGGAGCCCUGACGUGACGGCCUCAGCUCUGCAGGGCAUCCAGGUGGCCAUCCACGAGUGCCAGCACCAGCUGAGGGACCAGCGCUGGAACUGCUCCUCACUGGAAGGCCUGGGCAAGCUGCCCCACCACAACACUAUCCUCAACAGGGGUUACAGAGAGAGCGCUUUCUCCCUGGCUCUGCUGGCAGCGGGUGUGGCUCACUCUGUGGCCACGGCCUGCAGCAUGGGCAAGCUGAGGGGUUGUGGCUGCGAGGCCAAGCGUCGCCAGGACGAUGACAAGAUCCGACUGAAGCUCACGCAGCUGCAGCUGCAGACCCUUCAGAAGGGUGGGGUUGGCAUGAGCAUGACUCGGUCAUUACCCUUGGAGUUAAAUGGCCGCCAUGGCGACAUGCCCGCUAACCUGCGCUCCACCCACCCUUCUGCCCUGCUCAAACCUUUGCCAGAUGAACUCAGCUCCAUGCAGGAGACCUGGGAGUGGGGGGGCUGCAGCCACGACGUGCGCUUUGGGGAGCGGUUCUCCAGGGACUGGCUGGACUCCAGCGGGUCUCCCAGAGAUAUCCAUGCUCGUAUGAGGAUACACAACAACCGUGUGGGACGUCAGACAGUGACUGACAACAUGAAGAGGAAGUGCAAAUGUCAUGGCACAUCAGGAAGCUGUCAGUUUAAGACCUGCUGGCACGUGUCUCCCGAGUUCCGUUUCGUGGGUUCCAUACUGAAGGAAAAGUUCCUGUCGGCCAUUUUUGUCAACUCACAGAACAAGAACAACGGUGUCUUCAACUCUCGGACAGGAAACAGUGCCAGGAGCACGGGGGGACUCAUCGGGGGCCGCCGCCGCAGCAUGUCCAGAGAGCUUGUGUACUUUGAGAAAUCCCCAGAUUUUUGUGAGCGUGAUGCCGCCGUGGACCAUCCAGGUACGCAGGGCCGCAUCUGCAACAAGACCAGCCACGGCACAGACAGCUGCGGCUCCCUGUGCUGCGGCCGAGGACACAACAUCCUGAAACAGACGCGCAGCGAGCGCUGCAACUGCAGGUUUCACUGGUGUUGCUACGUGCUGUGUGACGAGUGCCGUCUCACAGAGUGGGUCAAUGUGUGCAAAUAACAGCGAGUCCAGAUCUCAGCUGCUUUAACCCAUCCAGGACUCAAGAUGGCGAGCCUGUCCCUUGGCUCACUCCUGCUGUUUGUUUUUCUCUUUUUGUGACUCUCCCACAGAAUCUGAGUUUCACCCCACACCCGCCCGACUCCCUUUUUUUGGUCCAUCAUCUGGGAUGUAUUUUCUCUUUGUAGCCACUGUUAUUCUCAGAAUGCCAAGUCAGAGAUUGAAGGGGUGAUUCAUGUCAUUUGUCUUGCUGUGAUGUGUUUAGACGAUGCCCCCUCAGCCAUGGAGAAGGCCUGUGCUCCACAAAACAAAGACCAACAACAGCAAAACAGCAUGUGUGUAUUCUGCCUCUACAGGCUAAUUUAUCUGGUUGUACCAUAGCUGUGCAUUCAAAUGUGUAUAUUUGUAAAUGUAAUAUUAUUAAGAUUAUUAUUGUGUUUGCACCUGUCUUCACAGUCUAAUAGUUUUAGGAGUCUUGGACCAGCACUGUUAACAACAGGUUCUUCAUAGUUUUUGCUGCACCUGUGACCUUUUUUUUUUUUUUUUUUUCAGUCAGUUUCAAAAAUAUUUUUGGCGGAAUACAAUUUGGGUUUUUUGUUUUAAAAAAAAUUCAGAUUUAUUUCAGAGUGAAUCGACACGUCAGAAACCACUUGCAUGAUUUUACAGCCUUAUCAAAGCUUGUAAACUUCAAGAUUAGACCCUUGAUACCACAUCAGCUGUGGAAACAGAUUCUGUCUUCUAACCUCUUAUGCUGAAUAACUAAUCAUUAAAGUCUAUUUAUACCGUUGUAA